AUGACAGAUGUCUUUCCUGAAAGAUUAAGAGACAAAUUAAAUAUCCUAUAAGACAAUCUCAAACGUGCUAUAAGUACUCACCAAAAUAGUGAUAAGAAACUUCCAACUAGAUCAUAUUCCAAUUUUCAAACUAGAAAUAUUGGGAUUCGAAUUUGGGACUUAGAUGAUAAACGAAAUAGUAAUUCACUAAUGAUUAGUUUAAAACCUCUUUAUAAAUAAGAUCCAACCUACUUUUUUGAUAAAGUAAAGCCUAAAUAAAGAAUUCGUUUAGAUUUUAAUUUCAAACCAACUUAAUAGAUUAUGCCACUUUCAUCUGAUCCAUCUUCUAUUCCAUCAAAUUUGAAAAUAUCAAAGAGAUUAAGUUUUUCAGAUUGUUUGGUAUUGAGUUCUCCUUAAAAAAAAGCCAAUCAUUUAUUCAUUAAACUUAAUUUCUAAAUUAUCAAUAAAUCAAGUCCUAUUAAAAAUGAUGAACCAAAUCAAACUAAUUGUUAGUUAACCAACCUGUAAAUAGGUUUUAAUUUAGAAUAAACAUUUUUUAAUUCAUCCUUAUUAAAUUCAAUAAGUAAACCUGUAAAAAAUAUAAACGAAAAUUCAACAUGCUCUCUAAAAGAAAUACUUUAAAAAAAGUAAGUUCAAAAAUAUCAUAAUAUGGAAAAAGACACAAACAAUCCAAACUCUUAAUUAAAAUUUAAGGAGUUUUCUAUUUUAAAUGAUAAAACUCAUUCAAUCUCAAUUUUUAUAUCAACCAAUGUCAAUAUUUUUUAAUUUUAAUCAAUCAACUAAGAUCAAAUAGAUUGUAUUUCAAAAGAAAUUAAAUUCAAUUAUACUAAUUUAAAAAAGGAAGAAACAAUCUAAAAUUAAGCAAUUUAAAGAUUGCCAAAGUUUGAUAUUGAUUCUACUAGAUAUAAUCAUUCACUAAAAAUUUUAUAAAGAUAAUCUACUAUAGAUAGAAACUCAAGAUUAGAUAUUAUAGUAUCAACAAUCAAAAAAGAGCAAUAAUAAUAAAAUCAUAAUCAAGUAGCAGAAGCUUUAAUCAUAAUUAAACCUUAAUAAUUAGCUCGAGAUAUUGGUUAAAGAAAACCUAAUAUAUUAAAUUUGUUCGUGAAUACAUUAGAUUAAUUAAAAAAUCCUAAAUUAUCAGAAUUAAACUUACCAGUCAAGCAAAUUAAAAAUUUGAAAAUACUUAAAGAGGAUUAAGUAUCAAAAUAAAAUACUAUUGAUAAAAUAUUUAACUAAGAUUCUUUAUUAAAUUAAGAAAAUAUUUAAAAGAAAAAUAAUUAGAUAAUCAACAGUUUAAGAUCAAUACAUUUAUCCUAACUUUUAUAGGAUUAGUCUAGCAAUUAAAAUUUUAUUAGUUUGGUUUUAAUUCCAAUAGUUAAUUAAGAUGUUUUUGAAAAUAGAAAAAUCUAACCUAAACUAUGUUUCUAAUAUGAGUAAAAUUUAUAAAAAAACAGAAAAAAGAUUGAGGAAAUAAAACAAUUAAUAUCGACUUCUAAAAAACAAAAUCCUUUGUUAUAAUUAAGUAAUGGUAAAUAGUAAUCGAUAAAAGAAUAAAAAUUACAAAUAGAUACAUAAAAGCCUAUAAGAAAUGUUUCAGUAAGUUCAAAUGAUAGAAGAUAAUCAUCAGUUGGAUAUAACACACCAAUAAGAAGUCCAAAUUUUAUUUAAUAAAAAGGAACAAUGUAAAUGUCAAAAAAUGAAAAAUCUCCUUUAUAUAGAUUUAAAAAGAUAAAAUAUUUGGGAAGAGGAAAUAUUAGUGAUGUUUAUUCAGUAACGUAAAAUAUUAUGUAUUUCUAAAUAUAGAGACACAAUAACUGGGAUGAUGACAGCUUUGAAAAUAAUUUAAAAAUCUGUAAUCACAAGCAAAGGUAUUUAAGGAUUAAUUAAAACUGAAAUUUGUAUUUAAAGUUAUAUUCAUCAUCCAAAUAUAUUAAAAUGUUAUGGAGUAAUAAAUGAUGAUAAAUAAGUAUUUAUUAAUAAAAUGUUAGAUUGCUUUGGUUUUAGAAUUGGGGGACAUAACUUUGUUGAACUAUAGAAAGGAGAAAACAUUAAAUGAAAAAUAAAUUAUUGAUAUUAUUUAUCAAGUUUUAAGAGGAGUAAGUUAUUUACAUUAAUUUGGAAUCAUACAUAGAGACAUAAAACCAGAAAACAUACUAUUAUAAGGAGAAGUUGUUAAAUUAGCUGAUUUAGGAAUAUGUAUAAAAGCUACAAAUUCUUAACAAUAUUGUGGAACACCAGGUUAUAUGGCACCUGAAAUAACAAUGAAUAAAAGAUAUGAUAAUAAAGUAGAUUGUUAUAGUGUUGGUGUAUUAAUACAUGAAUUAUUAUUUGGAAAGCUUCCAAAGGUGGGUUAAUAAAUAAAUGGUGAUACUUAAUUAAUAAAAUUAAUGAAUAGACUAUUGGAUGUAAAUGUAGCUUUGAGAAUUAGUUGUAAAUAAGCCUUAGAAUAUGAGAUGUUUUAAAGUUGUGAAAAAAAGAUGGCAAAAUAUUCAGAAAUGAUAAAAAACACUAUUUUUUGGGAUUAUUGA